UUGCAGUGAACUGAGCUCGCACCACUGCACUCUAGCCUGGGCAACAAGAGUGAAACUCUGUCUCAAAAAAAAAAAAAAAGGAGGAAAAUGCCACACAAACUCAAUAGUGGUCAUCCCUGGGGGCUCAGAUUCUGGGGAUUUUAACUUCCCUCAUUCUGUAUAUUUCUCUGAUGUUUAAAUGUUUAAUGAUACACUUGUAAUGCUUUGGUAAUUCAAAUGACAGAUGAAGAAAAAAUGUUUUCAAAAAGAGGGGGUGUCCAUCCACCAUCCUCUCCAAACUUCCAAAACAACCAGGAGGUGCCGGUACUAGGAAGUAUUUAUGCAUCAUAGAGGAUUUUGUCCUGAGCGUGUACCAUUAAUUAUUAAAGAGAUGUUGUGAAUGCCAUCAGAUGAGUUUAAUGUUUAGUUUGAGGAUUGAAAAACUAAAGCGUUCAGCCCUUCGCUUUGCACACCGUUGGCUUAGGUAUUCAUUUAACAAAGAUGAAAUGAAGGGGAAAUGGUGUGAUUUGGUUUUGUCUUCUUGACAGACCUGAAACACUUUUACUAUUUCUGACAGCUACACUGCUUUCCUCAUUUUCCAGCACAGGAAAAUUGGUUGCUGUUAUAAUAAAUCCCCAUCUAGUGAGAAAGGGAGAUAGAGCAAGAUGCAAAAUGAAAGAUAAAAUGCAAAAAGCUAACAGCCUGGCUGGGGAAAGGAGGCCAUGGGAGGGAAGGAGGGGGAGGGAAAUAAUCACAUACGUGGCUUCCUGGAAGAAGCGGCCCUAGUAGGCCUGGAAGAGGUCAGUUUGGGAACUGGGGAGAGGGCAGAGGAGGGCAUCUCUGAUGGAGAAGCAGCAGCCAGUGGGCAGGAGCUGCAGGGAGCCAGGUUGCAAGUGGGCCUGCUUCCUGUAUCCCUGAGACCGUGUUGGGGUCCCCACCCUGGCUGUGGCCCUGGCCUCUGGGGAGGCGCUGGGCAGAACUGGGUGGCAGGCCCAACCUACUCCGACCCUGGACUCUGCCCAGGAAUUUCUGCUGAAGUGACAAGGCAAGCCAGAGCCAAAGCAGGUUGGACCCAGCUUGUCCCCACAGAGACGUGUGCUUCCCUCUCUCUGAAAGUGACCUGUUAACCGCAAAUACGUUCAGAUGUGGGUGCAGGCUGGGGUGGUGGCGCACGCCUGUAAUCCCAACACUUUGGGAGGCUGAGGUGGGAGGACUGCUUGAGCCCAGGAGUUGGAGACCAGCCUGUGCAACAUAGGGAGACCCAGUCUCUAGAAAAAGGAAGAGGUACCUCCUCCAUGUGCUGAGAAGUCAAGGUUGCAGUACCAGUCACAAGGAGGGCUGGAAGGUCUGGGACAUGGAGAACGACCCCUCGAGACGAAGAGAGUCCAUCUCUCUCACACCUGUGGCCAAGGGUCUGGAGAACAUGGGGGCUGAUUUCUUGGAAAGCCUGGAGGAAGGCCAGCUCCCUAGGAGUGACUUGAGCCCCGCAGAGAUCAGGAGCAGCUGGAGCGAGGCGGCGCCGAAGCCCUUCUCCAGAUGGAGGAACCUGCAGCCAGCCCUGAGAGCCAGAAGCUUCUGCAGGGAGCACAUGCAGCUGUUUCGAUGGAUCGGCACAGGCCUGCUCUGCACUGGGCUCGCUGCCUUCCUGCUGGUGGCCUGCCUCCUGGAUUUCCAGAGGGCCCUGGCUCUGUUUGUCCUCACCUGUGUGGUCCUCACCUUCCUGGGCCACCGCCUGCUGAAACGGCUUCUGGGGCCAAAGCUGAGGAGGUUUCUCAAGCCUCAGGGCCAUCCCCGCCUGCUGCUCUGGUUUAAGAGGGGCCUAGCUCUUGCUGCUUUCCUGGGCCUGGUCCUGUGGCUGUCUCUGGACACCUCCCAGCGGCCUGAGCAACUGGUGUCCUUCGCAGGAAUCUGCGUGUUCAUCGCUCUCCUCUUUGCCUGCUCAAAGCAUCAUUGCGCAGUGUCCUGGAGGGCCGUGUCUUGGGGACUUGGACUGCAGUUUGUACUUGGACUCCUCGUCAUCAGAACAGAACCAGGAUUCAUUGCGUUCGAGUGGCUGGGCGAGCAGAUCCGGAUCUUCCUGAGCUACACAAAGGCCGGCUCCAGCUUCGUGUUUGGGGAGGCGCUGGUCAAGGAUGUCUUUGCCUUUCAGGUUCUGCCCAUCAUUGUCUUUUUCAGCUGUGUCAUAUCCGUUCUCUACCAUGUGGGCCUCAUGCAGUGGGUGAUCCUGAAGAUUGCCUGGCUGAUGCAAGUCACCAUGGGCACCACAGCCACUGAGACCCUGAGUGUGGCUGGAAACAUCUUUGUGAGCCAGACCGAGGCUCCAUUACUGAUCCGGCCCUACUUGGCAGACAUGACACUCUCUGAAGUCCACGUUGUCAUGACCGGAGGUUACGCCACCAUUGCUGGCAGCCUGCUGGGUGCCUACAUCUCCUUUGGGAUCGAUGCCACCUCGUUGAUUGCAGCCUCUGUGAUGGCUGCCCCUUGUGCUUUGGCCCUCUCCAAGCUGGUCUACCCGGAGGUGGAGGAGUCCAAGUUUAGGAGGGAGGAAGGAGUGAAACUGACCUAUGGAGAUGCUCAGAACCUCAUAGAAGCAGCCAGCACUGGGGCCGCCAUCUCCGUGAAGGUGGUCGCCAACAUCGCUGCCAACCUGAUUGCGUUCCUGGCUGUGCUGGACUUUAUCAAUGCUGCCCUCUCCUGGCUGGGAGACAUGGUGGACGUCCAAGGGCUCAGCUUCCAGCUCAUCUGCUCCUACAUCCUGCGGCCUGUAGCCUUCUUGAUGGGUGUGGCGUGGGAGGACUGCCCAGUGGUAGCUGAGCUGCUGGGGAUCAAGCUGUUUCUGAACGAGUUUGUGGCCUAUCAAGACCUCUCCAAGUACAAGCAACGCCGCCUGGCAGGGGCCGAGGAGUGGGUCGGCGACAGGAAGCAGUGGAUCUCCGUCAGAGCUGAAGUCCUCACGACGUUUGCCCUCUGUGGAUUUGCCAAUUUCAGCUCCAUUGGGAUCAUGCUGGGAGGCUUGACCUCCAUGGUCCCCCAACGGAAGAGCGACUUCUCCCAGAUAGUGCUCCGGGCGCUCUUCACGGGAGCCUGUGUGUCCCUGGUGAACGCCUGUAUGGCAGGGAUCCUCUACGUGCCCAGGGGGGCUGAAGUUGACUGCAUGUCCCUCUUGAACAAGACCCUCAGCAGCAGUAGCUUUGAGAUUUACCAGUGCUGCCGUGAGGCCUUCCAGAGCAUCAACCCAGAGUUCAGCCCAGAGGCCCUGGACAACUGCUGUCGGUUUUACAACCACACGAUCUGUGUAUAGCGAGGACAGAACGUGUUUGUGCUUCUGUGCUUCUGAGGGCUGUUCUCCCCCAGGAACCAUCUGUCCCCACCUUCCCUUUCCCAGAGCCCUCUUCAGGGAAGCCACGGGACUUAGACCCAGCUCAAUCCCACAAUUGGGAAGGGGUCAUGGAGUGAGUGUGCAGAGAGUGAGUGAGGACAUAAGGAAGGACAUGUCCCACUCCAUCCCCCUUCCUGCUCCCCCAUCUCCUAACUCCCCCAGUGUGAAUUCUCAGGGUCACUUCUGCCUCCUCCCGUUUCCCCUCCACAUCCAAACAGCACCCUGGUCCUCUCUAUCCCCCCUCUCCUGGGGUCCCUCACAUGCCCCUUCCCUUCUGUUGUGGGCCGCACACCAAAGCCUCCUCCCCUCCCUACUUCCUGGGCACUAGGAUCUCUCUGUGGCUUCCCCUGCUGGGUGGUGUCACCUCUUUCUCUGCUUUCAGAGAAACCCUUCCCGCCUUUCCUCAGAGUGCUUCCCAAACUGAGGUCCCAUGGCACACUGUCCUGGGAGGCGUUCAGAGGGUUCCAUGAUGGACUAGGUUUGGAACCACUGGGUUAAAUAAACUUAGAGAGGGCUGUUUAGACUUUUUGUUUG